AUGGCUGGCGUCGUCGCCGCUCGCGCGCCGUGGCGCGACGAUCGAUCGCCCUCGCAUCUCAGCGACUCCACUCGCGUCUCGUCGGACCCGCCGCCCGCGGUGCACCCCACCGCGCGCGACGACGACCCCCCGCGCGACGACGUUCCCCCAUCCUCCGUCCUCGAGGUUGAAGAUCUGCUCGCGUCGUUGCGCGUGGCGCCCAACCAGGUGGCGGGGCACUCUUCCAAGGGCGUCGGCCUCCCGUCGUUGGUGGACGACAGCGGGCACUUCCUCAAGCCCGCGCCGGACGACAGGAAGGGCGUCGCGGAGCUCGCGUUUUACGAGCGCGUCUGGAAGGGCGUCGAGCGCGGCGACGACGACGACGACGACGAGGCUUGCUCGCGGAAGAAGGAUCAUGCCGAUGGGAGGAAUGGCGGCAAAGCCGGCGGGCCGCCUACGAGGUCCACCUCCCUCGCCGGCAUCGCCCCCUUCGUCCCCAAGUUCCACGGCGUCCUCGUCGUCGACCCGUCCACCAUCGUCUCCGUCGCGGGAGACGACCCGACCGCCGCAGCCGCUCGAGACGCCGCGUCCAGGGGGCAACGCGCGGUGUUCCUACGACUGGAAGACGUCACCGCGGGGUUUCGCAAACCGUGCGUCAUCGACUUGAAAGUGGGUCUGAGGACGUACAGCGAACGGGGACACGACAGCGCGUACGUGGCGAAGCGCAGCGCGCACGACAAACGCAGCGGUCAGUUCGAGGUGGGGUUCAAGGUGUGCGGCAUGCAGACGUGGGAACGACGGGGGCGGAGAGGAGGAGGAGGGGGGGGGCGCAAUGACGAACUUUUGACGGAAAACGACGAGGGUUGGGCGGAGAUUGACGAAUCGAGGUCUUCGCCGCCGGCGAAGGUUAAGCGUUUGAGGCAGGUUCGUUCGGAGGGGGCGCGAUCGUACCCCGACGGAUGGAUUCGCAACACCCGGCCGUACUCGUGGGCGCGGGGGUUGUGCACCAAAGAGGACGCGCGACGCGCGCUGGAGGAGUUCGUGGGCCUCGGGUCAUCAAACGACGGUGAUGCAGAAUCCGAAGAUGAUGACGCCGGUUGCGACUCUGUGCACUGCGACGAGGACGCCGGGUCGUGCGACGAGAUCGCGCGCGUGGGGUCGAGCUCGUCUGGUGCACCCGCGGCCGUUUCUGGAAACGCUCGCGACGCUUCGUGUUCCGACGGUUCCGAGGAAAGAGCUCAUCGUUCGAGUCGGGCCCCAAUCACGUCAUACGAAAAGAAGAAUCGCGUUUGCAAGGAGGUGUACUCGGAGGCUUUGCGACAGAUCGCGUCGAUGCGCGCGUGGUUCGCCACGCAGCGCGAGCUGCACCUGCUCGGUUCGAGCGUGUUGAUCGUGUACGAGGGGGAUCGAACGGAUCGUUCGGCGGCUGGGAUGGACGAGGGUUCGAUUCCCGUGCGGGUCAAGGCUAUCGACUUUUGCAACUACGUCGAGGGCGCGGGCGAGCUCGACACCAACUUCGGCGCGGGACUGGACCGGUUGAGUGUCAUGUUGGAGUCGAUCGUGGCGGCGAGCGGCGGCUCGGAGACGUCGUGAUGA